AUGGUCCUCGCAAAGAAGCACGUCCCCAUCGUCAAGAAGCGCACCAAGCGUUUCUGGCGCCACCAGUCCGACCGCUUCAAGUGCGUGCCGGAGUCAUGGCGCAAGCCCAAGGGUAUCGACAACCGCGUCCGUAGACGCUUCCGUGGCAACAUCCCCAUGCCCUCCAUCGGCUACGGAUCCAACAAGAAGACCAAGCACAUGAUGCCCUCCGGCCACAAGGCUUUCCUCGUCCACAACCCCAAGGACGUUGAGCUCCUGUUGAUGCACAACCGCACCUACGCCGCUGAGAUCGCCAGCGCCGUCUCCUCCCGCAAGCGCGUCGACAUCAUCGCCAAGGCCAAGGCUCUCGGCGUCAAGGUCACCAACCCCAAGGGCCGCGUCACCACCGAGGCUUAA